AUGCAUUUAGAGGGGUCUAAUUGUGAUUCUGAAUUAAUUACUAAAUCAAAAUUAAAAAAUAAAAAAUGUAUUAGCAAUAAAAUUGAAUUAAGUAAUAAUGAAAAUAAUUCUGAUUAUGAUAAUUUAUUAUUAAAUCAAAAUGAGGCAGACAAUUUGCAAUCAGAUUCAGAAAUUUGGAACAAUUUAUUUUAUAGAAGUACUGAUAUUAAUAGUGAAUUAGCAGAUAAUAAUAAAAAUGAUGAUUACAAUAAUGAUCUUAAUGAAUUUGUAGAUAGUGAAGAAAGUGAUAAUUCUGAAGCAAAAAGCUUAACAGAAUUUGAAUUAUUGAAUGCGAAUAAACCAACAAUUAAACAAUUAUUUGAAAAGUGUGAAGAUACUGAUAUUGUUAUUCCAAUUCUGGCUACUCAAUAUCCAUUGUGUACUAAAUAUACACAAAAAGGUAGCAAAAUACCAACUCAUGGAAAAUCUUUAAAAUUUACUGUAUAUAUUCAUAAAAAGAAAA